CUUUAAUCCUCUCUGCUUCCCCUUGCAGCUAUCAGAGGGGAUCCGGGUCUGGGAUGUAAGUGCCGGAGAGAGACACACCCUCCUGCUUGCAGACGGAGACUGCAUCCAGCCCAUCAUUUAUUACAGCGGACAGCAGGUGAAAGAGGGGGCAGAAGAGAGCCAGCUGGGUCAGCAGGAGGAAGAGGAGCAGUGGGCUGGCGGCUACACCCAGCAGCCUGUACUACUGCCCUUCUGCAUGAACCUGCGUUAUGUGAGCAAUGUGUUUGCGGGGGGACAGCAGUGCGUGGCGCUCUCGGACCAGAACGUGAUGGGCUUCAUCGCCAGCCUCCAUGAGCUGGCGUCAGCCGAGAGAAAGUUCUACUGCAAGCUUUGUAACGUCAAGACACAGAUCAUACGCCCCCUGCUGGAGCUGGAGUCUCUGAGUUCGGCCCUCAGCCCAGUGGCCCUCGGUCUCCUGCAGACUCUGGCAGGCCGAUUCAGUCUCUUGUGUCAUCUAACUGGGCAGCACGCCGCCAGCCUCACCGCAAACCUGCGCCGCGGUCGCAAUGUCAAGAGCCUGCUCAUCCUCGACUAUGCCAGCAUCUUCCUCGACUCUCACCAUGAGUACUGCAGCGCUGUGGGCAACUUCCAUGUAAUGGGAGGUUUCCAGACCCUGAUCAAACCCUCUCUAGAUUUCUUUGGGAAGAGUGCUGAGCUGCUUCAGAAGCUGUCUGAGUGCAGCGAGGAGAACCUUACCAUGGCGGACCUCCUGGUGGCACUCUUCUAUCUCCCAACUCCCCACCUUCAUGAAUACAGCCGGUUGCUGCUCAAACUGGCCACCUGCUUUGAAGUGUGCUCCAAUGAGUACCAGAGGCUGCAGGACAGCUGCUCAAAGUUCGAAGCGUUGGCCCUCCAGCUGAAGAGAAAAAGGAAGGACGCCAACUACACCUUUCAUUUCUGGAAGAGCUUCCCUGGCAAAAUGACGGACUCGCUGAGGAAGCAUCACCGCCGGCUGAUCUGCGAGAGCAGCAACAAAGCUCUGACCCUGCAGAACGCCGGGAGGUUUUCCGUCAACUGGUUCAUCCUUUUCAAUGACGCUUUGGUCCAUGCCCAGUUCUCCACACAUCACAUCUUCCCUUUGGCCACACUUUGGGUGGAGCCAAUACCAGAGGAGAACACUGGCCUAUAUGGGUUAAAGGUCAUUGCACCAGAGGAGACAUUCACCCUUCUGGCAUCCUCUCCCAUGGAGAAGGCCAAGUGGCUUUGCUCCAUCAACCAGGCGGUAGACCAGGCCCUGAGUGGGGCGGGGCAGGACACGGCAUCAGUCAGCUCAGGGUCAGGGCAGAAGUUAGAGCCUCCAAUCUCCAGGAUGGCCUCUUACACCUUUUAUAAGGACGGACGGCUGAAAGAUGCAACAUAUGAAGGACGCUGGCUUGCCGGGAAGCCAAACGGCAGGGGAGUGUUAAAAUGGUCUGAUGGGAGGAUAUAUACAGGGACGUUCAAGAAUGGACUGGAGGAUGGCUUUGGUGAAUUUGUUGCUCCCAAUAAGACCCUCAACAAGAGCGAUCACUAUCAAGGUCACUGGAAAGAAGGCAAGAUGCACGGCCUGGGGACAUACAG